GAAUGAAUGAAUGAGUGAAGGAAACAUGGCACACAAUUCAUUCGCACACGUGCUCUGCAUGCUCUUUGUCUCUGUCAGAGGUCUAACUUCUCUGAUCCAAACACGGCGGACAGAGACGGCAGCAGUGGGAGACCAGGCCCAUUUAAACUGUCUGCUCUUACAAACCAAAGAUGUUCAUCAAGUCACCUGGCAGAAGAUCUCACCUGGUGGAGAGAAGACAGUCGCCACCGACACCAAACACUAUGGUCAGACAAUACACCCCGACUUCAGCCAUAGAGUGGAGUUUAAAGAUGCUGACCUACAGAACAGCUCCAUAGUGAUCAGGGAGGUGACAGAGGAGGAUGAAGGCUGCUAUCACUGCUUGUUUAACACCUAUCCUGAUGGUGCUCUCAUUGAUACAAUCUGCCUGCAAGUUCUUGAGCUGCAUGAACCUGUUCUACGUCUCAGAGAAUCAAAUGCCACCAAUGAGGCCGUCGUUUCCUGCUCGGCUACAGGACGGCCCACUCCCACUGUGACGAUUACAGCCCCUCAGCAGGACUUGUACUUCUUACACAAUCAUUCUGUCAGUGUCUUCAACAACAACAGCACAGUCACCGUCACCAGUACAGCUGUGCUGUCUCGUCUACAUGAGAACAGCACUCAGGUUGGGUGUACAGCAGAAGUGCUCUCUAGUCCUAAGAAAGCCGUGUUCAUCAUGCUGUCUGAGGUCAGACCCAUGUCUGAUGAAGAUGGUUCUGAUGAGGAAUCUGAGGAUAAAAUCAGCGGUCGUGGUAGGAGUUUCUUCAUCGGGCUAUCUGUUUUUGUGAUUGCGGUUUUUGUUUUAGCAGUCGUCUUUUUCCUGCAUAGACAUAAAAAGCCAACCAGUCUGUCACAUGACGUCCUGGAGACGACUGAGAAACCUUAAGCUACACUGAAAGACCCUCAUAUGGAUGAAGCAUCCUUAUAGGAGAAUCCUCCAGUCAGACUCUGAUCAUCUCCUGUGAAGAGAGAAGAAAAUAGGAUGUAACACAAAUGUGUCAGCUUUAACAUCAAGGAGACGGUGUCACUGAUCAGAUGAACGAAGUUUGUGCAUCACUGUGAGGAGCUAUUAAUCAUGCUAGGUGGUGGGUGGUGAGGGCUGGUGAUCCCUGUUCAGCUCUCUGGUGUAAAACUCCAGGCUAGAGGGGGGCUCCCGCUUCACAGACAUGGUGGAGGGCUGGAUUGUUCUGACCACCACUCUGCAUGAUUGACUUAUGGGGACCAACAUUAAGGGUGUAAAACUCUAAAAGGAAUUUCAUUCCUCAAAGAAGCAAAAAUAUUUUCUUGCGAAUUAUCUGCAGUUUUUUUAAUGACAAUAUGAACAAGCAUAUUUUGGCCACUAGAUGUCGCCUUUUAAAGAUUUCUGCCGCGGUGUUGAUAUGUUUUGUUUUUUUACAUGGAACCCUUGUUAUAAUAAAAGAAAAUGUGUCCCGACAGAA